CGCUCUGCACCCCUUUAUGCUUUGACAUCAGCUGUUCUGCCUCCAGAGCAGCAGCAUCCUGCUGAGGACGCAGAAAGGCGCAGACCCGUGGCAUGAUGCUGCUGUUAUUAAUUGUAGCGGGCCUCGGAGUGGUGACAUUACUGGUGAUUUUAUUUGCUCCACACAUCAGGAAAUAUGCAGCAGGAGGAGUGUGUCAGUCCUCAGCUGAUCUGGAGGGGAAGACAGUCCUCAUCACUGGAGCCAACACAGGGAUUGGGAAGGAGACAGCCCUGGAGCUGGCAAUGCGAGGGGCCCGGGUCAUCAUGGCGUGCCGAGAUGUGAACAAAGGAGAGGAGGCUGCGGCCAGUAUACGAGCUGCGAAUCCCAAAGCACAAGUGGAAGUUCGAGAGCUCGACUUGGCAGACUCGUGCUCUAUACGAGCCUUUGCACAGAAAUUCCUUCAAGAGGUCAACCAUCUUCACAUCCUCAUCAACAACGCCGGGGUGAUGAUGUGCCCCUACACAAAAACCAUCGACGGCUUUGAGAUGCAUAUUGGAGUCAACCACUUGGGGCACUUCCUGUUGACGUACCUCCUAAUCGGGCAGCUGAAGCGCAGCUCUCCGGCCCGGAUCGUGGUGGUCUCGUCUCUCGCGCACAACUUCGGCUGGAUCCGUUUCCAUGACCUUCACAGCCAGGGGAGCUACAACAGCGGAUUGGCUUACUGCCAGAGCAAAUUGGCAAACGUGCUCUUUGCCAGAGAGUUGGCGCGUAGACUCAAAGGUACCAAUGUGACGGUGAACUCCGUCCACCCGGGGACAGUGAACUCUGACCUGACCAGACAUUCGACUCUCAUGACGAUAUUUUUCACCGUCUUCUCCGUGUUCCUAAAAACUCCACGGGAAGGAGCACAGACCAGCAUCUACUGUGCUGUGGCAGAGGAACUGCACUCAAUCUCUGGGAAACACUUCAGCGACUGCGCCCCUGCCUUUGUAGCCCCACAGGGAAGAAGUGAGGAGACAGCGAGGAGACUGUGGGACGUCAGCUGUGAGCUUCUUGGCAUCGAGUGGGACUGAUUCAACUUUUAAACCGCCAUCUAUCUCAGUUCUCAAAGGAGUCCUUAUCCUUUCUGUUAUCAUUCAUUUCAUUAUGGUUUUGAUGUUCUGUACUUUGAACGUUUCUUACCUAAUAAGCAGUCAGGUAAUACUGUUAAGAGGUACUAUGAUGUGAAGUUGCUUUUUUGUGUAAUAAUGCAGUAAUUACAUGAUAAUACCUUGAGUAUUUUAGUGUUCAACGACAGCUCUUCAAACCAAAACCACUCAACUAUAUUGUCAUGUAACCACAAAUAACUUUUUGACUCUCUAUUUUUGUGACACAAUGUGAAAACAGUGUAGGCAAAAAAGCAACUUGAUGUAUUGUAAUGCUGUAGGAUACUGUGAAGGGUCAAACCAGGGUAAAUGACCAGCAUCUUUAUCAAGUAUUGUGGGUUUUUUUUAUUAUUUCUCCAGAAUUUGCAGCUAAAUUGCUUGACUUUCGUGCCAGCGUUUCUAAACAAUUGCAGGGGUUCUUACGGUGUUUCCAGGUUGAACAACAAUUAGUAAACUAUCUAAGAUCAGCAUCAGUCUGAGCCAUGAUUACCGCUAGAAUUGCAUAGAUGUAUUUUGUGAUAAUUGUAGUCAAAGUAGAUUAUAAGAAGGUUUUUCUAUGACUAUAAGAUUUUUUUCAUCUGCAUUGCCAAAAACUGCACAUUCCUGGAGGAACUACAGUUUUACAUUUAUAAGGAUCUCCCUACUCAUGUUUCCCUCUCAGCAUUCACAUGCAAGGUUGCCAAGAGUUUACAUUCAGUGUUUUAUACAAGUGAAACAUGCCUUUUACUACACUUACAUUCAUGUUAAGAGUUGAAUGUUUACAAUUGAUGUAAAUAAACAUAAAUAUUAUUAUAA